GGGGAAGGACAAAGGAAAAGGGUGCUGAAGGAGAGGAGGCGACCUGUGCGAGGAGGGAGAACACGGCAGGCAGGAGGACUGGACCCGCGUUGCCAAGCGCCUCAAGUGAUUGGAGGGGGAGUAUGGAUUUGGCCCAAGAGAGUGUCCAGAUGCAUAACAUCGAAGCUCAUGCGAGCCCAGCGUUUCCAAGGGUUUGAAGUGCUGGAGGUACAUCAUUGACGUCAACAGAAUCUGCUUAUGGCUUGUCGUGGACAGCAGCAGCACCUCUGUUCUGCCACGUGAGCUCAUGUGACGGGCUGUCGCAUGUUAUCUUCAUUGACUGUGACCUUGGGAUUGAAUUUGGUGGAGGUCAGGUGCAGCGCAGAAGACACACACACACACAGACCAAGAGAGAGAGAGAGAGAGAGAGAGAGAGAGAGAGAGAGACAGUGAAGGGGGGGGACUGAUUGACCGUCUGCCGAGAGGUCUGUUGAUUGAUUGGUUUGUUCCCCACAAAGAGGGAACAGGGCAAUGGCUGCAUCCUAUCCGAAGCCACCUUCAGGGAUGUAUGGGCCAAUGACCGGCGGGCCAGCAAGGCAUCCGGAUGAUAUGGUGCUCAGUCAAGGAGGGGGAGGGACCGGGCGGCAAGACCCUCCAUCCAUGGGAAUGGGAAUGGAUUACUCUGCUUCUUCGCGUAUGCAAUAUGUGCCAAUGCCACCGCCGUAUGAUCCUGGGACACGUGGCGGUCUUCCGGAUAUGGGCCGAAUGGGACCUUAUGAGUCCUCGAUGAUGGCUGUGAGGUCUCGUGCCGAUCAAACAUCGUCUGUGUCUGCACCACCAGGUAGCACUUCGGACCCAAAGAUCGGGUUGGGAGGAAGGCCUACUCGGCUGGACCCCCCAGCUGCCUUUGAGAAAGAUAAUGGGGUGCUGGGCCCAAGGCCGCAGCUAGACCCCCCAGCUGCAUUUGACCCUUCUGCAAUGGCUAGUCAAAAGCCGCCUCUUCUUGGUCCACCUCCGAUGGCAGUUGACGGCUUUGACCCUUUGUCCCGACGUCCUCGAUUGCUCGAUCCUCCGGCGUUCGAUCCCACUGGGAGACCUAGAUCUGACUCUCUACCUUAUGAGAUGUCUGCCUCUGGGAAAUCGAGUGCCCUUUAUGGGGGUGAAGAGACAAGGAUGGGUUCAUCAUCCUCGGCUCUGAGGUUGGGCAUGGAGAGAAGUGGAGAAGGCCUACUGCCACCAGAGAUGAAGAGGGAUGGCGGUUAUGGUAUCUCUUCUUCGACGGCUGAACUAGGAGGUGGAGGAGGAGGAGGAGGAGGAGGAGGAUGGAGUGGGAUGGUACCACCUUCAGCUUCGUUGUCCUUUUCAUCAAGGCUCAGAUCGGGAACAGGCCCUUCUGCCCAUCAGAUUGAUCCCAGUGGCGGUGGAUUAGGAGGAGGAGGAGGAGGAGGAGGAGCUGUUGGGGCUGGAUUAGGAGGAGGAGGAGGAGGAGGAGGAGGAGGAGGCACCUCCUUGUAUUCCCCUUUCGAACCAACAAGUUUGCUGUCACCCCAGUUCAAACCUAGUGUUAAUUCACCGCCAUCAUCAAGCUUGCUGGGUGCACCAAAUCAACGGUUGCCAUCUUCCAGCGGUUAUGGUAGUGCUGGUGGCACUUACGAGUCUUCAUUGACGGAUGGCAUCCGCGGUGCUGCAUGGCGGGAAAGUAUGCGUCCCGAUGCGGCGGGUGACCUCCUCCUUCCGAAUACUGGCAGCAGGCUUCGUCCGAAUCUCAGUUCUGAUCCUUCUCAGGACUACCAUCGUCUUCGAGAGGCGUCCUCCAUAGCGGACAGUCAAGAUGCACAUGCAUAUCUUCGGAGUGGGUCUACAGCAUCUCGGGACCUUCCUGCUGCGGAUCUGCUCAAGCGUUCCAACAGCCCGUCCCGGGAUCCUGUCCUCAAGGCUCCGCCACCUCUGGGAUCUUCUUCUCUGCUGGAGCGCUACGAUUCUGCGUAUGGCAGUGCUGGUCUAUCAAAAUAUGCCAGCGACAGCUGGCAGAAGCCCCUGCCAAUGUCUUUGGCGUCAACGACUGCUGCUGAUCGAGAUCGGGAUCGGGAUCGGGAUCGAGAUCAGGAUCGGGAUCGGGAUCGGGAUGAGGAUCGGGAUCGGGAUCGACUUGCGCGACGGAGCUCUCUCUUGGAAUCUUCGCGCCUGGACUACCGAGGUUCGUCCUACUCAGCUGGGACAGGAGCGGGGAUGGAACAAUCAGAUCGAUCCGUCCUUUCUGAGGAUCGUCUUGCUUUGCGCUAUGGCAGCAGCAGCGAGGCAUCGCGGGAAAGUUACGACAAGUACCGUCUGUCGUCUGGCCUCGCAGACGGGAUUGGUUCCUCGUCCUUCUCGGACCGGUAUGGCCUGGACAAAGAAAGACUGCACCGGGAACGACUUUCUCUCAUCUCACUGUAUGGGGGUAAAACUGGGGCUGCUGGGGAUCUUGACCACCCUGGAUCUCGAUACUCAGCCUCCUCCGCUACGGAAUCACAGCUUCUGCGAGGAGAACGUGAGUACCGCUAUUCACGGGAAGGUCGCCUUAGCGGGAGUGCCGGCUUGGGGUUGCUUACAGAAAGGGAAGCUGCUUUGCGACCUGGACUAGGAAGUGGAUCCCUGGCAGAUUUGUAUGGACCUGGUGGCAGCUAUGGUCUGAGGAGUGGGUCGUCUUUGCGUCACGACGAACUUCAGGACGAGUUAUCUGGACGAGGGAGAGGAUACUACAGCUCUUCUACCCGAGAGUACUUGGAAGCACGAAAUCUUGCAGAAAGGCAACUGUACUUGUCUGAGAGUCGCAGGGCGAGAUCUCCCUCUCCUCCUCCUCGUGGGUCGGGGAGGUCUUCUUAUGCUUCGGAUUACGAAUACACCCAACUUCUUGCUUCAGAAAGAGCCAGACUUCGUGCAGAAAGUCACAUGGAUGGUGGUCGGGAUCCAUUGCGUUCGGACCUGCUUCGUUCAGGUAGGACUUCUUCGCAGUCUUACUCGUCGAUGCGGGACGGUGCGGACAGGGACAUGAUUGGGUACUCUGCAAGCCUUCGUGAUGAGGUGGAAAGGGAGCUGGCAGCUUCAGAGCAUCGUCGGAAGGCAGCUCGCCUUGCCCUUCCUGAGGAUGGGAGGGAUCUGCGGGAGGUGGAGGAUAGACAUCGUCUACUCCAUGGGAUGACAGAGGACAGUCAUCGCCUGUACAAGAGAGAUCUUUACGCGAGGGAAGAAAGGGAUAAGGUGAUUGGCGAUGUCAUGAAUGCGCCGUACCCUGGAUAUGGAGACAGUUUUAAGCGGAGUAGUCUGAUCGGUGGGGAGACAAUGGAGAAAGAAACCUGCAGGCAUCUGGAGACUAAGCCUUGGUACGAAAAGCGCUUUGUCAUGGCCAAGCAAUGGGGCUGGUGGCUGCCGGAAGAUCGACUGGGGAGUCAUGCAGAAUGGCCGCGGAACAUCAUAUCUCCUCAUAGCAAUCAGAAGGACUGGCUUAAAACAUUCUCUGGCGAUAAGGUUAUACAUGAUUCAUCCUACCACUCUGUCAUCGAGCUAACUGGAUUACAGUCUUCCAUUCUGGAGGUGUUGGAACAAAUCUGCGAUCCAGAGCUGCCGCCAUGUCAACCAGUGUCUCGCCAAUCAUCUGUAUCGUCACAAAGUGCUGCGGUGGACGACCCUGCAAGACAGGCUCGGAUCUACAUGAUGGGUGGACUAGAGGGAGACAUGAUGAUUCACAGUCGGGGUGCUUAUCCUUGGAGAGCCAUUGCACCUGCAAGAUUCACUUGGCGGCCUCUGAAAAGCGAAGAUGGCAAUAAUGUGGAGCAAGGGGGAAGAUCUCACAGUCACUUACCAGAGAGGAAGUUCUGGAUGUGGGUUCAUGCUGCUGGAUUCAACGAGGCUUUUGAGACAGUUUAUGAAACAUGUCUCGCACAGAUAAAGUCUUCUGUUCGUUGCGUUGCAAGGAAGUCGGAGCUUGCAAGGCUUGAGAUAAAAGGUGUCGGUGCUCAAGAUGUGCUUCGGAGAAUCAUCCGCCCAGUAGAGGAGGAGGGCGGAAGCAAGAAAGUUGAAGAGAACGAGGGUGCAGGGACAACCCUAGCAUUAGGAGUACAAGAAACCGCAGCAAUGCUGAAGAUUGACAAACAGAUUAAAUUGCUGCCUUCUGGAGGCAUUCUCAGUGUGAAUGUUUACGAUCCUCGCGAAGCAAGGUCGAAGUCGGAGUUCGUCGAAAAGAGAGGUCUUGGCAGGGAACUGGAAGGUCCCGGCAGGGAACUCGAAGGAGCCGCAGAGCCCUCAGAGAAGCCAGCCAAGCGCAAGUUUGAAGGCGAUGAGGAGGGGCAAGAAGACGCAGAGGAUGCCAAGUCUGGCAGUGAUGACGAGGAAGGCAACAAGGAAGGCGAUGAAGCUUCACGAGAAACUGACUCAGUGUUGAAUGCUCCUGAGGAAACAGCAAUGGAUGUGAUUUAUGAUGUCGUGGAUGCCUGGUGGUUACCACUUGGAUGCACUGGUGGUGUCGCAGAGUUGACCGAUUCUCAGGAUCUAUGGGAUCCAGAAAGGGAUGCCAUCGGAAAAGUUGUAGGAGGAACCCCGAGACCUGAGUUGUUCCCAUCUAAAAAGCAGGUCAUGAAGCAGCGCAAGCUUGCGUAUCUCGAAAGUCUUCACAAUAAUCAAGGAGGUAAUUCAGGAAACAGACCGACCAGACGUGAAGCAUCUGAUGUAAACGACAGUCGAGAUGACUAUGAAGAAAGUUGCCACGUCCUUCUCGUCAACUGUGGUGGACGUGAGUCAGCUUCAAGAUGGUCUAUCAUCAUGCCGUGGAGGUGGGCUGCACCCUUCUGGGCUGCGUUGGCUGUCAACACGGCAAGCGCGGUCGGAGUCACGGAUUGGCGGCGCAUGAUCACUGAGUUCUAACUUUUUGAGUUGAUGUGGACAGUUCUCAGCUUGCAGCCAGUACCCCAUGUCACAGUGGGUGUGGGUGCUACUUGAAUGCUGAAAGCCU